AUGAAUUUCACUAAACUUUCACGCGAAUGUGGUGUUUAUGCUGAAGAAUUUGAAGUGGUGACCGAAGAUGGCUAUAUAUUGACGCUGUUCCACAUACCAGGGAAGAAGAAACCGGUACUCUUGGUGCACGGGAUAGGCGACACUUCGAACACUUGGGUCCUCAGAGGCAACAAGUCCUUGGCUAUAACCCUGGCGCGCGAGGGCUAUGAUGUAUGGGCUGGAAAUAUAAGAGGCAACCGAUAUGGAAGGAAGCAUGUUCAUCUCAAUCCAGACACAGACGAGGCUUUCUGGAACUUCAGUUUUCACCAAGUGGGCUUAUUCGACUGGCCGGCGAUGAUCGAUCGAGUGUUGAAAGAAACUAAACAAACAAAACUCAGUGCAAUUGCACAUUCGCAAGGUACAACAUCCUUUUUUGUUUUAGCAUCUUUAAAACCAGAAUAUAAUGAAAAAGUUGAAUUUCUAAUAGCUCUGGCUCCAGUAGCAUUUUUAGACCAUAUAGGACCUGGUAUGGCAACAAUAGCAAAAGCAGGUCCCCUUAUUGCAAAAGUACUGAAAAUACUACAAAUCAAUGAGAUAUUUGCUGAUGGUAACGCAGAUAAAAAGCUCAUGGAAUCAUUUUGCACUCUAGGAAAAUUGACACAAAAGAUUUGUACAAUUUUUCCCGUGGGUAUAAUAACUGGUAUCAAUCCAGAUGGUAUAGAAUCAGAAUUUAUUCCACUGUUGUUUGCUCAAUACUUCGCUGGUAUUUCUCGCAAAACUUUAGAGCAUUAUGAUCAAAUAUAUUUUAGUGGAAAAUUUGCUCAAUUUGAUUACGGACCUUCAAAGAAUUUUCUAGUUUAUGGGAAAAUUGUUCCUCCGGAAUAUGAUUUGGGAAAAAUGUUUACCAAAACAGCCAUUUUGUAUGGUGAAAACGACAUGAUGGCAACAAUGGAGGAUGUCCAACACCUUGGAAGACUAUUGCCAAAUCUAGUUUACAUAAAGGCUAUAAAAGAUAAGAAAUGGACCCACAUCGAUUUCACUUGGGGAAGAGAAGCAGAUAAGUAUUUAUUUGGUGACAUAAUUGAGUUGUUGAAUAAAAAUGAUCAAUGACA